UGCAUGAAGCUAAUUGAUCAAAUGGGAAAGGUGCAACCAGCAAUCAUCGUAUUCUCAGCAAGCAUUCGGUUUUUAGCCGAGGACAUGUUCACUGAUUUAAAAAGAAGAUUUCAGGAUAUAAGAUCGGGAGAUAUUAAAUGGGUAAUCACCGUCCCUGCCAUCUGGACAGACCAAGCAAAAUAUUUGAUGAGAGAAUCUGCCUUACAGGUAAAACGUUCUUCCUCAAUGUGAUUACAGACAACUUUAUCAGAACAAGCAAAUAAAAAAGAAUAAAAUAUCUUAAAGGUUAAUUAAGGUACAGCAUCUUUCUUUGAAAAAAAUGCAUAUUUCGUCAUUUUAGAUUUUUAUUUUCACAGACAUAUAUAUAUAUAAACAUAUUUUGAUUUAGGCAGGAUUAUUAUCGGAGAGCAUAAUUAUAGCACUUGAGCCAGAAGCUGCAUCAGUUUGUUGUCGACAACUUGAUGUGUGUACUGUUGAUAGAGACACGGGUGUUACAUUAUCCUCCCUUAAUGUUGGUAGUAGAUACCUCGUGCUGGAUGCUGGGGGUGGAACAAUAGAUUUAACAGUACAUGAAAUCACAUCUCCACAAUGUAUUAAACAAGUAGUGGCCUCAAGUGGCAAUAUAUACGGUGGUAAUGCAGUCAAUGAUGAGUUCGAAAAGUUAUUGAAAACAGUUUUAUCUGAUGAAAAGUACAAACGAUUUAAACGGACAGAAACUGAAGAUUGGAUGUACUUAAUGGGUGACUUUGAAACCAAAAAGAAAUCUUACAACCCUCAAAAACGUGAUCAUGUAAAUAUGAGGAUUCCGCAAAGUUAAAAAGAUGUAUAUGAAUCAAGUAAACGAGGUUCGAUUUCUAGCAUGUUUAAGAAACAUAAAAGUUUAAAAGAUGCUUUCGGAGAGAUGGAUGUCACUUUGAAAAGGGACAAGCUCUGUUUCCCGUCACAUGUUUUCGACAGGUUUUUUCACCUGGCGAGUGUAAAAGCAGUGCAUGAAAUCAAAAAAAAUGAUAGGAAAAAUAAAUGGAGAAAGAAUUUCCUGCAUAAUUAUGGUCGGCGGCUUCUCUGAAUGUAUUCUUUUGCAACAAGCUGUUAAAACUGAAUUUUCAGACAUUCCUGUUGUUGUACCAAUAGAGGCCUCGACUGCAGUGCUAAAAGGUGCAGUUUUGUAUGGACAUCAUCCUUUUGUUAUUUCAGAGAGGGUUGUGAAAUAUACAUACGGUGUUUCAAGUAGUGCAAAAUUCAUACCAGAUGAACACCCGAUUGAAAAACGUAUCGUCACUGAUAUCGGAAUGCAGUGCAUAGAUAUAUUCCACAAGCACGUUACUCGGGGAGAUUUAGUAAGAACUAGAGAAUCACAGUACAGAGAUUGGUAUUUUCCACAGUAUCGAAAUCAGAAGAAAGUACAAUGGGAUAUAUGUGUAUCAAAACUUUCAAAUCCUAGGUUCACCACGGACAAAGACUGUCAUGUUAUUGGCAAGAUCAUCCUAUACUUGUCUGACUCACAUGAUAUGUGUAAUAACCCACUAGAAGUGACAUUUACGUUUGGAGGCACAGAAAUAACUGUUACUGCAGAAGAAGCGAAGACAGGCAGAAAUGUGAAAACAGUUGUCAGUUUUCUUGAAUAAGGUUGACGUGAAAA